GCAUGAUCCUCCCCGCGAACCAGCAAUAUGCUGAAUAGCAGCCUCCUUCUCGACUUGCGUGCAUCACUCCCGCGCGCUCUCGUACGACAGCACACCUCCCCCGCUGCCACCGCCGCCGCCGCCGCCGCCCGAUCAUAACCGUCAACAUGUUUGAAAAGGAUAUCUACCAACUCAUCCGCGGCUUGCGCGCCCACAAGGGCAACGAGCGGGAAUAUAUUCACCUUUCUCUCCAGGAAUGCCGCAAAGAAAUCAAGAGUCAGGACAUGGACCAGAAAGCCACCGCUCUGAUGAAACUCGUCUACCUUGAGAUGUUUGGCCAUGAUAUGUCUUGGGCCUCGUUCAACGUGCUCGAAGUGAUGAGCAGCGGAAAGUACCUGCAGAAGAGAGUAGGAUAUCUCGCUGCAGUGCAGUCGUUCAGACCUGAUACCGAAGUGCUCAUGUUGGCGGAGAACCUCCUGAAGAAGGAUAUACAGAGUUCGGAUAAAGUGGUGAUACAACUUCCUCUCAAUGCUAUCCCGCACGUCAUCAAUCCUGGUAUGGCUAAUUCUUUGCUGACCGACCUCCUACCUCGACUUUCGCACUCUUUACCUGCCAUCAGGAAGAAGACGAUUGUCACGCUGUAUCGACUUGCUUUGGUCUAUCCAGAGACACUACGGCCUGCUUGGCCGAAGAUUAAGGAGAGACUGCUGGACGAGGAUGAAGAUCCGAGUGUCACCGCUGCAAUUGUGAAUGUGAUUUGCGAAUUGGGAUGGAGACGACCUGCAGAUUUCUUGCCCCUGGCUCCUCGACUGUUUGAGCUGUUGACCGCGGGAGGCAACAAUUGGAUGGCGAUCAAGAUCAUCAAGCUGUUUUCGGUCCUGACUCCACUGGAGCCGAGACUGGUGAAGAAGCUAUUGCCGCCACUCACAAGUAUCAUCAAGACCACCCCCGCGAUGAGCUUAUUAUAUGAGUGCAUCAAUGGCAUUAUCCAGGGCGGCAUUAUGGAGGCUGCAGAGGGCACGACGGAGGGAGACGAAAUCGCGAGAUUAUGUGUGAAUAAAUUACGGGCAAUGCUGGUGAUUGAAGGUGAUCCCAACUUGCGAUAUGUGGCUCUGUUAGCCUUUGUGAAGAUCACGAGCAGUCAUGCGGAUCUGGUGAGCCAGCAUCAGGAUGUCAUACUGGAGUGCAUUGACGAUGCGGACAUUUCCAUCCGAACGAGAGCACUGGACUUGGUAGUGGGAAUGGUAAAUGCUCACAAUCUCUCCACUGUGGUGGAAAGACUGUUGAAGCAGCUGAAGACAGCCGGCAGAGCAUCGGUCGUAGAUGACCCCGAAAAUGAUCGGGAAUUACACCACGAGAUCGUGCCGAUGGCGAUGGAAGAUGACGACGACUUGCAAGCGCCAGUGCGACCGAAACAGCCGAAGUCGACGCUGGCGCCACCACUCCCAGAAGACUACCGGACCUCUGUGAUUGAGCGGAUCCUCGAAAUGUGCUCCCAAGGUAACUACGCCAGCAUGAACGACUUCGAUUGGUACAUCGGAGUUCUCUUGGAACUGGUCAAGCAAUGUCCUUCCACGUCGACUUCCAGAGUUGCCGACAGCAUUGGAGCCGAGCUUCUCAACGUGGCAGUACGUGUCAAAGCAGUACGGCCUGAAGCUGCAGCUGCAGCAGAGUCUCUGCUCUUGAUUGAGGAACGUGACAAACUAUUUCCGGCCGGUACUAACAGCGGCCAAGGUGUUCUGACAUCUGCAGCCUUCAUCGCGGGCGAGUAUGCCAGCAUGCUACCGGAUCCAGAGGCCGUCCUCACUUCGCUGCUGCACACUUCGAGUGCGCAACUGCCGGCAGAGCCUCUCGCAAGCUACCUGCAGGCCAUAACGAAGAUAUUUGCUGCUCUCACCGGAGACCAACAAGUGUCAUGGACUUCGACGAGAAAAAACACGACGACUCUGUGGACGUCCAGGAUCAUUCACUUUCUGGAGCCAUUAACACUACAUCCCAACCUCGAAGUGCAAGAGCGCGCGGUAGAGUACCUCGACCUGAUGCGGUUGGCCUCCGAAGCAGCCUCCAAUCAAGACACAGAUGUCGACAACGGCUAUUCCGAGCCGCCUUUGCUUUUGACGCAAGCCAUUCCCGCUCUGUUCUCCGGCAUGGAUCUCAACCCCGUUGCUGCAUCUGCUCUACGAAAUGUGCCGAAGCCAGAGAGCCUGGAUCUCGAUCAAUACAUUAACAGCAACCUGGAAUUCCUUCUUAACCAAGCAGAAUAUGAUACAGACUAUGAAGAGGCAAGUGACGAGGUUUACAGAUACUAUCACGAAAAGCCAUCGGCAGUCACAACAUCACUCAGCAACAACAGCUCGAGGCCCGCAGCAGAUUUCUUGGAACCCGGAGCACCACAGCGAAUGACUUCCUACCAAGACUCAGAUGCCGAGGUGGAUCGCGAGAGUCUGCUUCGCAAAAAAGCGGAACGUAGAGAACGAUACAAGGACGACCCGUACUACAUCGAUUCGGAACGUGGCUCCGGGGCUUCUACGCCCAUGCACAAUAUCCUUCGCAAUGCCAAUGGCGAAGAUUUGAAUGUGGAUGACAUCCCGGUGAUGGAGCUCCAGCUUGACCCUCGCGACAUCCAGCAACGACGUCGGCCUUCUCCACAGCCUGCAAGGAAACCACGAAAGCAUUUCGAGGUCGCCGCAGAUGAGACGCUUGGUGGUGGUGGUGACACACCUCCUUCGUUUUCGUCGAGUCCUGCCAAGACCUUUCUCGCUUCUCGAGCCAUGAAGACAUCGCUGUUGCAAGUCGAUAGCAGCGGUCUGUCAUCACUAUCGCUUGACGACACCAGCUCUGCCAAUCGGCACGAUUUCGAGAGACGUCAAGCCGAGGAAGAAGAGAUGCAGCGCGCUAUCAAAGAGGUGGAGAGACUUCGGCUGGAAUUGCAGAGAAAGCAGGAGAGGAUCGAGGAGCCGGAAGAGGGCACUGUAGUCAGGAGAAAGAAGAAAAAGAAGGCGGUUGUUGCCUUGCACGAUGACGAGCCUCGUGCUGCUGCUGCUGCUGCUGCUGGAGAUGGAGAUGAAGGUGUUGUGAAGACGAAGAAAAAGAAGAAGAAGAAAAAGAAAAAGGACAAGUCGCAGUCCGACGAAGAGGCUGAAGCGCAUACAUUGGAAAAGGAUGUCAAUGUCCAACAACAACAAGAAGAAGAAGAAGAUGAAGAAGAUGAAAAAGAGACGCCCAUCGCUCGAGUCAAGCGCAAAAAAAAGAGGCAAGUCAAAUUUGACGCCGAUGACUAGAGGACAGACGUACGUACGUACGUAAGUAGGCUAUAUGAAUCAAACAAAUAUAUCAUGUCUACUGAUUUUCGGUGUCUUUGAUCUCGCUUGUCACGUCUUCGCGGAAACAUCGUAAGUAAGUAUACAUAAACCGCCCCCUCCUCCCUUUUUUUCUUCUUAGGUACUCUUACUCUUACCCUUACUAUACACCAGCAACAAACACACCAAUUACAUUUUUACCGUACCCUACCGUACCGUACCGUACCAUUCCAUUAUUCAUCCCAUUAUUCGAGAUAUUCACUCUCACACCACCUUGGGCCGAGAAAAGAUCGGCACCUGCUCAACAUUAUGAUUCCAAUGCAAUCUCCCCUGCUCAUCGACCUCUGCCUCGUCAUCCGUCGUCGGAAUACCCUCUUGGACAUUGAUUUCCAUUUCCUGUUGGGAAAUUCCAUAGACAUCUCUUGGGAUCCAUAGCUUUGGUGUCUGGGAUGUGAAUGCAGGAGCGAGAUAGGCCUUUUCCAUGUCUUGUUCACUCAAAUGGUGCUGAAGCUCGUCAUCGUCAUCGUCAUCAUCUUCUUCUUCUUCUAGCCAAGAGCGGAUCUGCUCGCGAGAAGUGGUGACGAUGGAGUCGAACACGUCAGAUAACCAUCUGGGAGCGGGAUGGGGUAGUUUGCUGAGACCGAGACGGUGUCCGUGAGUGGCAGCGUGUCUUGCUGCUUCGUCAUUGGGAUCUGUGCCUUCUUCUCUGGAAAUGAGGGAUUCUUGCGCAUGCCAUUUGUCGAUUCCGAGGUAGAGUUCGAGCGGUUGCAGCAUGCGGUCUAGGAGAAAGUUUGCUACUGCUGUGAGGACGAGGAGGAUGAUCAUCAAGGUAGUUUGUGCGGCCGCUUUUCUGGCACCGAAGAGACCAAUGAGACAUAGUUCGGCGAGGUAUAUCCCCGUGGGCAUCUGCUGGAGGGCUCGUUUGUAGGCUUCGCCUUUGGUGUCAAUCUUGGUUUGGCGGACGUAGAGUAAGCUAUAGCGGUAGCUGAGGUAGAACAUGGAGACUCCGAUUGCUGCGAAGCCGAUGAUGAGUGGUUGAAUGCAGGCGUAUGCGGUGGCGAUGAUGAGGAAGUUGGUGUACUUGGGGAACCACGCUGCCCAUGGUGUGCCUCGCAUCUGCGCAUACGUCUGAUACUUCUCCCGUGGUGUCUUGUUCCAGAAGUACUCGUAGAACAGGUACUCGAAGAGCUCGGAGUAAUCCAGAAGGUUGCUUGCAGCACUUGUGGUGCCUUGCAGAAUGAAGUAAGUGAGGUAAAAGUUUGAUGCUUUGGGCAGGCUGGAGGCAAGCAAGUCUGUCGCCGAGCCCGGGUUCUUAGCGAUCUUGGUUGCAACUGCUGCAGCGCCCGAGGAGAAAGUGGUGACCAAGAAGACCUGGAAGACCUGAAAUACCAUGAACCACGCUUGGGUCUUCAGCUCAGCUUGGGGAAUAGUCGGUUCACCUGAGAGUUUGGCAAUGUGCCUGAAGAGCUUGGGCACAUAUGACACGAACCAACUGACUACAGCAGGAGGCACAAACCCUACCAGAAGGCCGAGCACCCAGUCUGGCAGAUCCUUGAGAAAGCUCAGGAACUUGACUCGGUCGGCAAGCUCGUUGACAUUACUUAAGGUUCCGAUCAGGCCCACGGGAAUCGCAAAGAAGAUGGUGAACCAGACCACAAAGAUCAGAGCCAAUGAGGCCUUGCUCAGUCGAGUGGCGACUGGGAGCUGUACGUUUUGCCAAAGCACUUCCUUGGGCUGCACCGCGAGGUAGCGGUCCUCUAGUGGAAGCUGCUUGUGGAAGGUGAUUUCUUGGAAGGCUCGAUGUGCGGCUUCUUGAUUUGCAAAUGAUACAAACACAGCGCCUUCGCCCGGUAUAUUCCUACUGGGCGCAGCGCGAACAGCCUUGAUACGCUCCUCCAGGUCGAGCAGCUUCUGACGCGCUGCCUCAAUCCGAUCCACCUUCUUCCCCACGACCAUGGGCGUUCUUUGGGUGGGCCGAUGUUUCGUCUGCGAGCGUCCGUGACCAUUCUCCACUGAUGGAUCCGAUAGUACUGCUACCCGUGGGCUGCUCUUUUGGCCUUUUGCAUGCUUGACGAUAAAGUCAUACUCGGCGCUUUCGAGAGCAUAGGCAGCAUUGUUGCGUUGCUCGAUCAAGUCAGGCAGGUCUCCAGUAUCCUUCACCGGCCAAGAGUGCUCCGCCUGAGCACCAAAGUACUGCUUCAAAUUGUCCGGCUGGAGCGCAUCCUUGGGCACAUUCACAAACAGCACCGUUUUUGCCGACAACCUCGAAGCAUGCGUCUCAUUGAGAUAGCAGGCCUGUCGAAUCCCAAUGAGUCUCAACCUCUCCCACGCAAUGGCCACGAAAAUACCCAAGAACAACACCCACGCCACCACGGUAUGCGCCCAGAGGUGCGAAUUCUUCGCAAUGUUGCUGAAACUGAUGCGGUCCAGCUCACUCGCUCUCCCCCCUCCCGUCGCAUUGACAGGAAACAGGAUCGGCCAUGUCAAACACGACCCAGCCACACAAACGACAAUCACAAAUUUGAGAAACCGCAAGAACAAAUACGCGUCCAGCGAAUUAUGUUUCAGGACAAAUCGAUCCUGCAGACUCCGAAAAUCAUGAAACCAGGACACUCCCUCGGCAGCAUGAGCAUGAGCAGUACCAGUACCAGUAGCAGCAGGCGUGCGAUCUUUCUCAGGUAUCGUUCCCAAAAAGGUUCGUGGCGCAUACGUCUUGCGAAAGUAGUUCCGAAUCAGGAGAAAGACGGAGAGAUACACGACGGCGAUGAUGAAGGUGGGGAUGAAGGCUCCCAGAAUGGCGUCCAAGGAAGUCGAGCCGUCUCUUCGGUUUUUGCCGUAGCCAUUGUUGUCCGUAGUGGUAGUGGUGAUGGUGGUGGUGGGGAGGAAGGGGAUGAAGUCCAUCGUGAGACUUGAGUGAAGUCGUGGCCGGGGCCGUCCCCUGGUCAAGAUCUCGGUCCGGAUGCUUGGCAGGUGCUAUUCUUUAGAGAGACGUGGAAAGUGAUGUUGGUGCAGAGCACAUGGCCGCUGAUGAUGAUGAGAGGAGUGACACACAACGUAUACUUAGGUAGGUACGGUAUGUGGAUAUAUGAAAAGAGUCAGGUAGUCAAGUUAGAGGUAGCACAUGUAGGCAGGAAGGAACAGAGAUCGUCGCUGCCUUCCCAGCCAUGAGUGACAUCAGAAUGACUUGGCGGGAUAGAAAUCCUGCUGCGUUACCUCAGAUACCUCGAGGUGCUGCGGUAUUGAUAAACAUUGGCUUGCGCGUACCACCCUCACCUCGUGUCGCCCCAACGUCGGAAAGAGUCCAUCCACACGACUUGGUAAUCUCUUGGUAAUCUGAUGUCGCCAUGAUGGGAACGGUAUGAUACGAUAUCCAUAAUCCAAUAUACACUACAUGCGGAAACAAGUUGCCAAUCUUCGAGACGCACAUCUCUCAUCGAGGGAUGCCACCAAUAACCAUAUCGUGCAACAUCCAUCGCUCGCCAUUACAUCUCCAUGAGCUCAACGGCAUCGGGCUCGCUGCAAACGUAAAUCGUCUCGUGCUUGUCGGUGAAGCCGUUGAAGCGAGUGGCAGAGCACUUGGUGUACGCUCCCAUAUCCUCAAAGUACAACCAAUCACCAGUGUCCACCAGAUGCUUGGAGGACCACUUGGCAGCAAUGCAAUCAAUUCCAUCGCACGUGGGUCCCCAGACCGAGUAGGUGAUCGGCUUGCGGUAGACCGUGGUGUCGUCUUCGCCCGACGCAUAGCCCGAGUCCACCAGAGACUCUCCAGCAAACGAGUAAUUGUAGCCAUCGGCGCGAGUGCUGUUGCGUAGCACUUGUGGGACCGGGUGCUGGUGAUCGAAGAUGAUACUGGAAAAGUUGCCGUACACGCCAUCGUUCAUGUACAGCAUGUAGCUGGUGUCGCCGCCCAGAGCCUUGUCUUCGACCGUGCGACGAGCAAUGACAUUGCAUGCGAGGGUGAAGGCGGUACUGGUGUAGUAGCGACCAGGCUCUGCAAUGAUGCGAACGUGAGGUGGAAAGAGUUCAUCCACUGCAGUUGCAAGAACAGGUGCCAUUUCGUCGAAAGUCUCCGGGACGAAGCCGCCGCCGCAAUCGAGAGUGUGCAUCUUGAAGCCGAGCGCCGCACCCUGGUCAAAGACCGACCGUGCAUCGCUGACAGCCUGUCGGAAUGCCAACGGGUCUGACGCUCCAGAACCAACGUGGAAGGCGACACCAACCACAUUCAACUCCAGCUGCCUGGCCAGGGACAGCAGCUCUGGCACCACGUCCAUGGCGGCGCCAAACUUCUGGCUCAAUCGGCACAAGCUGGCCGAAUCGUCGGUCGAGAUACGCAGAAACAGCUCGGCAGCGGGUGAGAUUUGUUUGAUCUUGUACAACUCAUCCGUGUUGUCAAAUGUCAUCUGCUUGACGCCAGUCUUGACCGUGUAUUUGAGGUAGCUCUUGGUCUUGCAAGGCUGCGCGUAGAUGAUGCGGGAUGGAGCUACUCCAAUGGCGAGGACCUGCUCAAUCUCGGCCUUGCUUGCACAAUCAAAUCCCGCUCCCAUCUUGGCCAGAAGGCGCAAGACCGAGUUGUCGGGGUUGCACUUGACGGCAUAGUGUGGUGUAACACGUGGCAAGCGCUUUUGCCAGCGGACGUGCUGGCGGUAGACCUCUCCCAGGUCGGCCACGAAGAAGGCGUCCUCUGCGCCCGCUUCGCAGUCGUCCGUAUCGAUGUUGUCAAUGUGCUGCUGCAGCGCAGCUCCAAUCAUUCCUCUGGCAUUCUUUGCGCCAUACUGAGUAUCGGCUCCGCUAUCGUAGUCGGAGACGGGAUGGGUAUCGAUAUAGUCUGUCGUCUGUUUCAACGACAGGUAAUCAAUGUGGUUGGUAAUGGUGUCGAUGGCGCUAGGUGCCAUUCCCUUGUCAAGGAAAGAUAAGUGGAUGGGUCGGUAGUGAUGUGAAGUGUGUGCCUGGGUCUUCGCAAAGGUCGUUAGGGCGGCUUGAAAGGUGCGAAAUCAAGGCGAACGGUUCCUAGGUGGCGCUUGCCAGACUCUUCCCCCGGAUGGGAAAGAGCUUUGAUAUGACUCUUAUGCGGCAGCUGGGUGUUGUCUUCGGCGGCGGGAGGUUGUUGUUGCAACAACUCAAGGAAGAAAGCAGGGAGAUCCGUGGUGCGGUCAGGCGGUGGUGGAGAGUGGUGGUGGUGGAGGUGGCUUCGAGUUGGUGAUGUGGCGAUGUGCUCGUGCGAGAAAAUGGUCCGAGACUGUGGUCGAAGCCGUGGUCGGCAAGGUGCCUUUGUAAGACCAAAGGCGAGUCACUGGUGGUGUCGAGCCAGAGUUCCGGCUUGCUGAGUCGGCGAGGACGUGUUAGAAGGUGUUCAAGUGAGCGAGUGAGGGGGGAGUGGUAGUGGUGGUGGUAGUGAAGGUGGUGCAGGUGGGAAGGCGAAGAGGAAACAAGUCGGGUCGGUAGGA